AUGACCUUCGUAGCACAUCAACCUCAGGGUUUGUACGUGACAUCAUCCUCGAGGCAUUUGUCAUGGAGCAAAAGGCUGAAGUUGAAGCAGUGUUUAACAAAGCAUCACAUGAAUGGAAGAACUGAGUGGCAUUGCCUAGUAAAGAGGAAUAUUUGUCUAAGUGUAGGGCCUCCUUGCUUUUGUAUAUCUAAGCUCAAACCUUUGACGAUUUCAGCCUUUAAAGGCAGCACCCAAAAUGACGAUUCAGGAACCAGGGCUAACUGGUUGAAGGCACCCAAGACAUCUGUUAGACUAGGAGAGAGUGAAGAAGCUCACAAUGUUCCACUCUCUUAUGCAUCUGAAACAAAUGAUGCCCUUCCAACAUCAUCUUCUAUUCAUAAGCUUUUCAAUAAAUGGCUGGCAAUGUUGUGCACACAACCGUCAAGCCAAGAAGUGGAGAAAAUUUUUGAAGAACCCACAUCAGCUGGGGAUUUACCAAAAACUGUACAAGGGACUCAAAUUAUGGAAAGAAGUGAGGUUUUGAAGGUGGCAUGGUCCCAGUUUCUGGCCCUGGAUGCAACAAUAAAGACUCCUUUGUUGAUAUUCGUUCCUCUCUACCUGGCUGUUAAUGUAAAAUAUGGUGCUGAAGUUUCCAAGGAGUUAACUCCUUUAUGGGUUUUAGGGCCACUAAUUGUGGCUACACAAGUCAUAAUGAUACGUUGGCUUUGUGCACUCUAUGCCUUCAGCUUCAAACAGACUGUCAAAUUAUUCAAGAAUUCUCCCUCUUACUGCAUUUUGGCCUAUAGCUACGUUUUUCGCGGCAAGCUCAAAGAGGAUAUCUCAACUAAAGUUUUGCAGCCUAUAUUGAGGAUAAACAACAUAGACUAUAGACAACUAACAAGAAAAAAGUUGAAAGAAUUGCAGGAAUGGGUAAUGGAGAUGUAUCUUGACUAUGUGGAAUCGAUAUGGCCCUAUUAUUGUCGAACAAUCAGAUUUCUGAAGAGGGCUAAUCUUAUUUAG